AUGUCCUCUACGGACCAAACGAUCAAUGUCCCGCAGCUCAUUUUAAUAAUCGUUCUUGGAGCUCUCGCGAUCCGCUACUUCUUCUUCUCCAGUAGCGCUAACACCUCGACAACCAACCGCGGUACAUCAUCAUCUUCUGCCAGCAAUGUACGAGCACGGGAAGCGGAUGUGGAGCGUAUACAACAGAUGUUCCCGCAGGUAUCGCGGCGCAGUAUUAUGUGGGAUUUGCAGCGAAAUGGGGGAAAUGUCGUGGCGUCUACUGAGCGGAUAUUGAGUGGGCGAGGUCUAGAAGUACCUCCACAAUCCUUUCAACCACCCCUCCCCGCUGCAGUAUCCUCCACCACAUCUACAUCCUGCACAUCUGCGCAACUCAAACCGGCGCAACCAGACCUUAUAACGCGAUAUAACUUGCAGGCAAAACUCGCAGAGGAGGCGAGUAUAUCCACGGACCCUGGAGUGGAUGAAAAGUCGCGUGCAAAGCAAGCGUGGAGCCAGAACAAGGGUGAGAGACAGGCGCUCUUGCAAAGGAGGAGGGAAGAAAUGAUAUUGGCUGCAAGGAGGAAGAUGGAGGCAAAGGUUGCGGCUGAGGCUGCUUUGGGAAAGCCGGAUAUUUAA